GCAAACUUUUUUUCUUUUCUUUUAAAUUUAAAGGACUUUUGAAGGGAUUUCAUCACCCUAAAAUCCUCUAUUUCCUUCUAAGGGCAUAAGCAAAUAUACAGCCUAGGACCUGAAGGGUAGGAUCCUGAAGUCCAGCAGCACCAGUGAACUCAGAAUGACAGGGGAGAAGCUGCCUUGGUUGCCAAGCAAUUUUCCUGCUCUGCAUGUUCAAUAAGAGGGAAUUAUGGAGGACAAACGCAACAUCCCGAUCAUCGAGUGGGAGCAUCUGGACAAGAAGAAGUUCUAUGUGUUCGGUGUCUGCAUGACCAUGAUGAUCCGGGUGAGCGUUUACCCCUUCACGCUCAUCCGAACACGGCUGCAGGUCCAGAAGGGCAAGAGUCACUACAAUGGGACCUUCGACGCCUUUGUGAAGAUAUUACGGGCGGAAGGGGCAGCUGGGCUGUACCGGGGCUUCUUGGUCAACACCUUCACCCUGAUUUCAGGCCAGUGCUACGUGACCACCUACGAGCUCACCCGCAAGUACGUCUCCAAGUACAACAACAGCAACGUCGUCAAGUCGCUGGUGGCUGGCGGCUCAGCCUCCCUGGUGGCGCAGAGCAUCACAGUGCCCAUAGAUGUCGUUUCCCAGCACCUCAUGAUGCAGCGCGAGGGGGAGAGCAUGGGCAGGUUCAAAGUGCGGUACCAAGACUGCAAACGUAACGUGGUCUUCGGCCAGACCAAGGACAUCCUUGUACAGAUCUUCAACGCGGACGGACUGAGAGGCUUCUACAGGGGCUACGUGGCCUCUCUGCUCACCUAUAUUCCCAACAGUGCGGUUUGGUGGCCUUUCUACCACUUCUAUGCAGAACAGCUCUCUUUCCUGACACCUAAAGACUGUCCACACCUCCUCCUCCAAGCUAUAUCUGGGCCACUCGCAGCUGCAACGGCUUCCACUCUGACCAACCCCAUGGACGUCAUCAGGGCUCGCGUGCAGGUGGAAGGCAAGAGCUCCAUCAUUCUCACUUUCAAGCAACUAAUGGCAGAGGAAGGCCCGUGGGGCCUCACUAAAGGCCUCUCCGCCCGUAUCAUAUCGGCCACCCCUUCCACCAUCGUCAUAGUGGUGGGGUAUGAAACGCUGAAGAAGUUGAGCCUCCGCCCAGAGCUUGUGGACUCUAGACAUUGGUAGCAAACAGCGAGUGAGAGAGCGGCUUAUAAACCCUAUGGAUUCAGACCGUGGUUGAAAGCUCAGCGAAAGAGAGACAGCUGGGGUUCUCCUUGGUCUCCCUCAAUUACAGGACUGUGUGGCUUCACAGCAGAGGACAGAAUCAAAAGCAGCUGCAGUCACCUCCCCAGGUCUGUUGCAACACAACAUUCUGCUGCUAUCGGUUUAGGGGAAAAAAACAAACGUAUGGCAAAGCUUUUGACUAACAAUUCAUUCAAGGACGACCAGGUGUGUGAGUGAAACCUAACAAUUUCCUGAUCUCUCUUAAAUUAAAGACUAUCGGUUUAAGCAAAAAAAAAAAAAAAAGUUUAUUCUUGAAAUGAAUUUUAAUCUUUUAAUUUUGCCAAAUUUCCAUAUGGGGAGAAAUGUACAAACUCUGGCAGGGCCUCCUGGUGGAAAGUCUGCUAAUUGCAGGGGUACCGUGAGAGGUGGAAAAAUAUAUAAUAUAUAUAUGUACAUAGUAAAACUUUUCUCAAACAUUCUUUUUUUAUUUUUAAAAAAUGAGGGAAGAGAGUAACAAAUACCUGGAUCAGUUUUUAAGACCUUGCUUACCACUUUCUGAAUAGAUCUGUACAUAAUUUUUGUAUAUUCUUGGAAACUAUUUCACUUCCUCACACAUCUUCCAAGUGUCAGAGCUGGUGUUCUGACGCUCACAAUUGUUGAGUAACAUUUGAGCUGUUUGUUUCUUUAGGCUAAUGGCAAUUAUGGCUCCUAAUCCAGGUUUUAAUCAUCCUUUUUUGUGUGUGUUUUGUUUUGUUUUUUUCAGGGUGGGAGAGGGAGGGGAGGACAUCUAUUGAGGGACUGACUGGUUAACUCUGUGCCCUUGGCAAAUGUGAGUGUAAACAUUCUACAUCCAGUGGAAAUGUCUGCUGCUUCCCACCCUUAAUUUCUUUAGGCACAAACAAAUCCAGAGAGUGAUGGAAAUGCUCAACUUCCCUGUCUUCAGGAGCAAAUUGAAUUGAAUGUGACUAAGGAGUAGGAGCUGAACGUGCUUUAAUUGACAUAGGAUGCAAGAAGGAAAAUCGCUUCUGCCUUUCCAUCGACACCUGAUAGGUGUGAGUGCAUCAACUACUGAGUAACGGUUCAUUACUACCAAAUAGAUCAAAAUCCUGUGUCUGGGGGAGAGGAAGGGGGUUUUAAUCCACGUUUGCUGUAGAGAAAAGCUUAUUCCAAACUAUGGAUUGUCUUUUACCAAACUAAGGCUCCGAAUCAAGUUGUGCAGCACGAGCCCGUACUCAGUGGGUCCGAUUCUGUUCUUAGUCACGUUACCCCAGAUGUGCAUCCUGGGAUCGAGAGCAGAAUCUGGCUCCCAGGUCUUGCUUUUCCUAGCUAGUUACUGAGGUUGUGGGGACUCAGUGAGAUCGAGUAGAUAACCCACUACUUCCAAAUAACUGAUUCGUAUAUCACAGAUUGAUUCUUGGCUGCCUGUUUUCAUCCAUCUGACUACCUUCAUGAGGAGUUCUUGGUGCCGAUCCUGUUGUACUGCAGCUGUCCACCUCUUGUUCAGCUGUUCACCUGUCUUCUAGCUCUCAGAAGGGCAUGGGCUUCCCCUGAGCCCCAGAUGUGCACAGACUUAAGGAGCUCCUGGUUUACUCUGCGGAUAGAGUGAGCCCAGCCAGCCCUGGGGCACAGAAUAGAGGUACAGACUCGCUGUGUGACAUUGGCCACAGUGCUCCAGUUCCCCUUCUAUAACGUGGAGAAAAUAGUACUCUUCACAUGGGGUGUUACGAGGAUAACCAUGACAUGCACGAGGUGCUAACACACCAUGGUGAUGGGUACCAUAUCAGGAACUAGACAGGCAAGAAGGCCAGCUGGUACAUCCAACAUCUUACCCUGACUCUGCUCUCCUCUGAGCUAUGUGCAUGAAUGCACGGUGUAUAGAACUCCCUUCUUCAAAACACUAUAAUCCGGAAUACGAUACAAAGCCUGUUCCCUUAAAAAAGAAAGAUGGGGCAAGAGGAGAAUAUCUGUGUUAAGAAUCGAACCACAUGAACUUGCAGGAAAAAAAAUGUGGGUCCUAAACCAGUAAAUGUGGAGAAAGUUUUGUUCAACUUACCUGGGAUUGUGAGUUCUGUUCCUGGGCCUGCUGCAGGAGGACACACUGCUUUGUGUGUUAUAUAUAAUGUACAUAUGAAACAUCAUAAAUGAUAUGCAGGUGAGGCGUCAAAUAUAGCAAAGGAUUAUAGUCCUACUGUGGACUUCAAGACUGUAAGUAAACUGAAAUUGUAUCCCAUGAUAAAUUAGUCCUCUUUCAUUUGAAAACAGAAGGGUUUCUUAACUCAGGCAGGUAACUUAUGAUUUCUAGUGGGAAACGAUUUCAAAUACUCUGGAGUCAUGUUACUCUUUUUAACUAUCUUUGUUUUAUUAACUGAAUUGAGUGACCUGGAAUAUAUCCCCUCACGCAGAGCAGACACUGAUCCUGAACGAGUUGAAAAGCACUGACCAAAAGGCCAGAAUCUCCUCUCUGAAGCCCAUACAGGUGGCUGUCACUGAAGUCUCUGGAUUUAAGGGCAGAAUGUGGCCGUAAAGGAUUAAAUGUAGCACAAUACAAUUUUUAAAAAAUAAAACAGUUGAGGCUUCAAACAGCACACAGAGGCUGGUAAUGCCACUAAGUGCUUCUGCAAUUGAAAAGAGCUGGGUUCGUCAAAUGACCCACUUCACACUUGAGCCAGUAUGACAAACCAGCUCAAAGCAGCAUAUUCAGCAAACAGCUCUCUGAUUUUUUUUGUUUGUUUUUUGUUUUGUUUUGUUCUUGUUGAAAGAUAUUUGUGUUUGAAAUCUGCUCAUUCCAUAAUAGCGGCCUCUGCAGUGAAGGUUACAAUCCUGUCUUUCGAGACUUGAUGGUUCAAUUUGGAAUGUUCACUUGCAUAGAAUCCAUGUCUUGAUCUGUAGAAGGAAAUGGGACAUUGGUUGAAUGAGGAUCCCUUUUUUUUCUUUUUUUAAACAUCAGUAUCUGACAAUUUCUAACAAGAGAGAGGGUAUUGGGGGUGGGGGGGAACAAUCUUAAUGAUCUUAUGUAUCUAAGGAGCACUGUCAAAUUUAAGAAACCUUAGAGAUGCCUUCAACUUGAAACCCAGUCAACUGAAAAAGAAUUGAAAAUAGGCUGUGGCUACCCUACAAGGCUGUGCCUGAGAGCCAUACCGCUAAAAGGCACGCAGUGUAGCUGCUCUUUGUUGGCAAGGGGGAGCUUUCCUGCCGACAAAGCGCUGUUCACACCGGCACUUUUCAUCUGUAAAACUUUUGUCGUUCAGCGGGGUGUUUUUUUUAACACCCCGGACGACAAAAGUUUGGCCGAUGACGUGCCAGUGUAGACAGACCCUCGGGUUCUACGUUUGCCUGUGGGAUCCCCCUGCCAAUUUUUGUGCUUUCACAACACUUUCCUAUUUUUAAAAAACAUUGCUUUCACAGAGCAACAGGAGAGAUUAUCACUAACUGAGAAAGUGAUGGUAGUUGAACAGUGAAAAUGAUUAUAUGCAAAGUGUCAAAUUUAAAUAUAUCGUGCAAGGUUAAACAUUCUGGAAAAACAUAGACUGAGACAUGUGGUACGUGAAACCGCAAUCCCUUCUGAAACUGACUAGAUAGCAAGUUAAGUGUCCCUUCAGACUGAUGUGCAGUUCAGCUAGUCUGGAUUUAACUUUUACAAGUGAUGCAGUUUUGUCCUGCAGAAAAAAUGUAGGCAAUCUGUUUUCCUUCUAUUUUUCUGCACGAACCUGGCAUCUCCAGUCAGCUGUUUUGUGCCCAGUUUGGAUUAUUCCUCUUCUCCACGGAGUUCAGAUGUAAUUGAUCACUUUCAUUAAACCAUCAAGCCUCAGUAUAUCUAAUUAGUCCUUAAGAUCUGAAUCAGGCAGGGGUUUCCACUGGGGAUGUCACAACAGAAUGAUAGUAUAUAUCAGCCUGUAGUGGCUAAAACGUGUAUCUUUUCUGGCAGAUAAAGCAUUUCAAACCCUUUGUGGUUAUAUUCAUUUAGAUUGGUUUUUCUGCUCAAGGGCAUUUAUCAGCUGUGGAGUGACUAUAUUAAUCUCUGCUGUGACAACUUGUGGUAGUACAGUAUUUCCAUUGAAUUUUGCUCAUCUGUUACCAUAUUGUCAAUUUAUUCUUGAUGUCCCCACCCUUUCUGAUAUGCUGCUGGUUUUUAUGUACAGUAGAUGAUCAUCCUAUCAGUAAACUGAUGAGUGGGUAUAAUUGUUUCCUGAUGAAAUCCAUGCAUGUCUUUAUCCCAAGUGCAAACCCUCCUAGAUAACUGAGUAUUUUGAAAUUUUGCCACUCUCUCAGGCCCAAUCUUAAUUUUUAUUAUAUUUGGUGGUGUGAUCUGAACUUUCCCAUACCUACAUGCCAAUCUGCAAGAAGAAAUCUGGGAAUGGAACAUUGUAGGGCUUCCAUUGUAUUAGAGGAACUGAUGUGCUGGAAUAAAGUGGGAUCCCAACACAAUACAAUCUUCAAAUGAGUUUGAAAGCCAUGAUGUUGGAAUCUGUCGCAGUGGGAGUACAGAAUGAUACGACUCAGUGCCUGUUCUAAAAUAUGAUGCUGGGUGAAUGUAUUGUGUAUGUUUAACAGGUUUCACUGUUGCACUGUAAUAUGUCUUUGUGUAAUUAAAGUUUUUAUUAUUUA